AUGACCAACGACGUCGAGACAAACUCUGCGCUCAAGCGCUCAGAUACCACCAACCAAGCCAUCCGCGAUGCAGAAGAUCUCGCAAACUUUGGCCAUGACCAGAGUCUCUCGCGAAAAUUCAGCAUGUGGAGCAUGUUUGCCCUGGCCUUCUCUGUCCUCGGUACGUGGUCCACGUUCGCGCAGGGCAUCGACAGCGGCUUGACCAGCGGAGGCCCAAUCGCUAUCCUCUGGGGUCUGGUUCUCGUGUUUGUCUGCAAUAUCUGCGUUGCUGUAUCGCUGGGUGAGAUGUGUAGUAGUAUGCCAACGGCGCUCGGUCAGGCGUACUGGAUCUCGCGAUUGUGGCCGACAAAGUCUGGACGGUUCUGCUCGUAUCUUUGUGCGUGGAUUAACAUGACUGGCUGGAUCACUUUGUCGGCGUCGCAGAUUGCUUUCAUGGGCGAGUUUAUGCUCAAGAUGAAGGUUCUCUUCCAGCCGGACUGGGCCGGUGCGGAUAAGGGAUGGGUUCUAUUCCUCGUCUACGUCGGCGUUACUCUAUUUAUGACCCUGUUCAACGUCGUGGCGUGUCGAAAGGACGUCGUUCUGCCCUGGUUCAACAACUUCGUUGGUAUUUCCUUUGCCAGUCUUUUCUUCAUCAUCAGCUUGGCCAUGCUCAUCUCCGUUGGAACCAAGGACAACCUCCAUUAUCAGCCUGCCAGCUUCGUCUUUGGACAGUGGAUCAACCAGACUGGCUGGCCCGAUGGUGUUACCUGGUUCUUGGGCCUCAUCCAAGCCGCCUACGGUCUUACGGCCUUCGAUGCUGCUAUCCACUUGGUCGAAGAAAUUCCCUCACCACGAAAGAACAUUCCCCGCGUUAUCUGGCUCUCGGUCGUCAUCGGUGCCAUCACUGGUUUCAUCUUCAUGGUCGUCUGCCUCUUCUGCAUCGUGGAUAUGAGCAUCGUUACUGAUCCUACGACCGGUCUUGCUUUCAUGGAUCUUCUCAAGCAGACUGUAGGUCUUGAGGGCGGAACUGUCCUUCUGACACUGUUCAUUGUGAACGGCAUCGGACAGGGUAUUGGAAUCGUUACGACCGCUUCGCGUUUGACUUGGGGUUUUGCUCGAGAUGGAGGUAUUCCUUGGAGCGGCUACUUUGCCAAGGUCGACGAUUUCUGGAAGGUCCCCGUUCGCGCACUCUGGCUUCAGGGCGGUGUCAUGGCUCUCAUCGGAGUUCUCUACACUUUCGCCUCAACAGUCUUGGAAGCUAUUCUAAGCGUCAGCACAAUCGCGCUCACAGUCUCCUACGGCAUGCCCAUUCUGGUCCUCCUCCUCGUCGGCCGAGACAAGCUCCCACCAGGCGAGUUCUCUCUUGGACGAUUUGGGUCAGUCAUCAACUGGGUUAGCGUCGUUUACUGCGCUGUCACCACCGUUUUCUUCUUCUUCCCAGGCGCACCGAACCCCGCGGUUGCAGACAUGAACUACGCCAUUGCUGUUUUUGGCAUCAUGCUUGUCAUCACGCUGGUGUUCUGGGUCAUCAAGGGGCGUAUCACUUAUCUGGAGACUGAGGAGGCGCAGGGAAACAUCAUCUAUGCGCAGCGCGCGGAGCGGGCCAACUAUGUUGAUGUCGAUGUCCAAACCAAGACGGAUACGGAAGCUCGUCGAGCUCCUCAGAACGGAGGGCCUAGUGCUUCCUGA